AUGGGGAGUGUGUCGCCUACUCCAAAGCAGCUUUUUACAGAAGCUAUAGUCUUUUGGUCUAUCGGACUGAUUGUCUAUGUCGGGCGAAUUGUGGCUCGAAUAAUUGCCAAUGGAUCAUUCAAACGUUUAUUCGUGGACGACUAUGUGAUGACCGCGACCUUUGCAGUUUAUACCACACUGUUAGUGUUGAUUCAGAUCUCUGCACGCUACGCAACCAACCUGAUGGACCCGAAAGAGUACGAUCAAGUUUUGGCAGAUCCAAAACAAGUCAGCGAUCGGAUAUAUGGAAGCAAAAUCGUCAUUGGGCUGGAGCAAUGCAUGUUGAUCUCGACUUGGGGAGUGAAAACAUGCAUGUUGAUGCUCUAUUGGCGAAUCACCCAGAACCUGAAAUCAAACCUCUACAUCAAGAUCCUUUCCGUCUAUGUCGCCGUUGGAUUUGUCGUCAUCAUGGUCACAUAUUAUGGAGUAUACUGCCGACCAUUCUCCCAAUACUGGGCCAUGCCGGUCAAAGACCUUCAAUGCGCGACAUACCAACACUACUCGAUCACCCAAGCCGUCUUCAAUAUCUCCUCCGAUGUCGUCAUGUUCAUCAUACCGAUUCCCCUCCUGAUCCAAGCUCAACUCAAGCGGCGCAGAAAGGUCGUUCUCAUCGGCGUCAUGAGUCUGGGCCUGUUCACAGUCAUCGCUGCCAUCCUAAACAAAUACUUUAAUUUCGCUUCCCCACUCACAACCACUUACCAAAUCUGGUACAUCCGAGAAGCCAGCACCUCGAUCUAUGUCGCCAAUCUCAUGUGCUGGUGGCCUCUUCUGCGCAAGCUGUUCGGCCUCAAGGCAUUCCAGUACAAGAGCAACCGAGGCGGGCGGCCUGGAAACCCCAACAACCAGAACAAAGAUAGGAGCGACUACUACUCCAACAAUUCUCAAUCACGUCCUUCAGUCCCAUUCCCCCGCUCAUGGAAGCCGCUUUGUCGCAGAGGGAGAGGUACACCUGGGAAGCACGCUCGCAUCAAGCGCUCAAGCAACGAGCCCAUCAACAGGAUGAAUACGAAUACAGAGUCCAUGCACGACAUGCAACGUGUCGAAAGUGUUCGACUUGAUGAUUGGACUCAUGGCGGAGAUCUUGGAACCGAUACUUCAACAACCCAGGAUUCGUUCAACUCGAUGGAAAAACCAGGUUCGAGGAUGCAUGAUUACCAUCAAGACUUCCUGGAUUCGGAAAUCGAAUAUCAUGCUCACAUGGGAGGCAAACAUCAUACGCACUCACCUUGUUGA